AUUGCCCGUAGCAACUACUCGUAAGAUAAUGACACAUUGCUUUCAAGGGCAUAUAAAUAUUUAUUCGGCCUUGUAUUCCUCAGUCAAUUGCCGGCUUUGAGCUCGAUUCACGCUUCGAUUAUUUAAUUUUGUUCAUCAGAAACAUUUUAUACCGUCAAUAUGGUUGUAAAACUAUACAAAUGUGACCCAAGUCCCCCGGCUCGCGCCGCUAUGAUGGCGACUGAGAUCUUCAAUGUACCCACGGAGAUGAUUGAUGUAAAUCUGAUGAAUGGGGACCAUAUGAAGCCAGAAAUGCUGAAGAUAAACCCUCUUCAUGUGGUACCCUUUAUCGUCGACGGUGAUCUGACUGUAACAGAUAGUCACUCUAUCCUAAUGUACUUGGCUGAUGCUUACGGCAAAGAUGACUCUCUAUAUCCUAAAGAUGUCAAAAAGAGGGCCCUAGUCAACUCCAAAUUGUUCUUCAAUGCUGCCACUUUAUUUACAAGGCUACGUAAUGUCACGUACUUCGUCAUGUUGGAAGGACUAAAGACAAUGUCAGAUCAGCAACGCAAAGACAUCGUUGAGGCAUACGGAUUUAUGGAAGAGUUCCUUACUCGCUCCAAAUUCUUGGCUGGAAAUAGUAUGACUAUUGCUGAUGUUGCUGCAAUUACGUUGGCUACGUCGCUGCAACAUCUUGUGCCACUUGACGAGAAAAAAUAUCCUAAAUAUGCCGCUUGGAUAAAAUACAUGGAAGCCCUGCCUUUUGUCCAAAAACACAACAAACCUGGAUCAGAUUUCUUAGGACAAGCACUGAAAGAAAAAAUGAACUUGUAAAGAUUAUCUCUCUAUUUACUUGUAAAUUGUGUGAAGUAAAUUUAAAUAAAACCCAAAGGUUUUUAUUAAUUAUUCCUCUGAAAUAAUUGACGAAAAACAUUGAGUUUUAUUUAAAUUUUUGUUUUUUAUUAUUCUGAAAUAAAAUGUUAUGUAAGUAA